UAACAGGAAACGGAUGUGACGGAGUGUCCUCGCGGCUCCGUUGCUCAGCGACGCCAGCAGAAACUCGCGGAUGACGUCGCUCCCUAAGCAGCAAGCAGACGUUGACAGGAAAAAAGCAGCACCUCAUGAUGGAUGAGACAGUAAAACCUCUGAGGGUUCCUCCUCACAUGUCCGAGUACGCCGACAAGCACAACUUCUCACACCUGCUGCAGAGCAUGCUGUCCAGCCUCCUGGUGGACCAGCCUGAGGAUCCGAUUAGUCACCUGACCCGCCUGCUGCAGAGGACCAGUGUGGACGUCCCCAGGGUCCUGGUCCUCGGCCCUCCAGCUGUUGGUAAACACACAGUGGCCACAAAGCUGAGUGCUGAGCUGAGAGCCGUCCAUGUGACCACAGGGAGUCUACUGGACACAGAGCAGGAGCUUCCUGUUGAUCAGCUGGUCAGACAGAUUCAACAGAGACUAAAUCAGAUCGACUGCUUCAACAGAGGCUGGGUGUUGGAGGGGUUCCCUCAGACUCGUCUGCAGGCUCUGAGUCUCCAGCAGGCCGGAGUUCUUCCUGAACACGUUGUGCUGUUGGAGGCACCUGAUGACGUGUUGUCUCAGAGGGAUCAGGGGGAGCUGGUGGACCCGCUGACAGGAGACGCGUACCAUGAGACCUUUGUCUGGCCGCUGGACGAUUCCGUGGCUCGCCGUCUGGAGGGGCGGAGUCCGCCAGAGGGGCAGCGAAUGGCUGAGCUGCAGCGCCACCGCUUUGAGGUCACAGGUCUGAGCUCAGCCUAUCAGCACGUCCUGAAGGUCAUCAACGCUGACCAACCACACGCUGAUGUCUACCAGCAAGUGCUCGCAUUUGUCCGGACUCGCCGUCGCUCCAGAACUCCCAGAAUCCUCCUGUUGGGUCCUCCGGGGUCGGGGAAGAGUCAUCAAGCCAGACUGUUGUCACAGAAGUACAAGAUGGUGGAUGUGUGCUGUGAUUGGCUGCUGAGGUCUGUAGCAGCUAAUGGUUCAGCUCUGGGAGAAGAGAUCCAAUCAUACCUGGGUGAUGGGAGGCCAGUUCCAGACUCCCUGGUGCUGCAGGUUCUGGGUGAACGUCUGAGCCGAGUGGACUGUAGCGACAGAGGCUGGAUCCUCCACGGCUUCCCCCAAGACCUGCAGCAGGCCAAGAGCCUACUGGAGUCCCAUCCGCCCAACAGAGUUUUCUUCCUGGAGUCUACAAAGGAGGUUUGUCUGGAGAGACUCACUCUGAGAGCUACAGACCCCGUCAGGGGAGAGAGGUUCCACGCUGUGACUCGACCGGCUCCAAGCUCUGAGGUCCAGAACAGACUGAAGACCAGACCAGAAGACCACACACACUCUGUUACACACACACUGAACCAGCACCGAAUACACACUGCUGGUCUACAGUGUGUGUUUCCACAUGCAGGUCGUAUCGAUGCGGAUCAGGAUCCUCACACUGUGUUUGAGUCUCUGGAGAGCAAACUGACAGCUGACUGACAGGUGGACUCACCUGGACACAGGAAGUCAGCUGUCUCCUGGACACGUUGUCUCAAUGUCAAUAUAAAUAUACACGUGUAUGUAUAUUUAUAUACAUAAAUAUGUGUAUUUAUAUAUACUCUGUAUAUGUACUCUGUUUCUCCAUAAAGACAUUCACAUUAUUAUUGUUAUUGUUGUUGUCAUUGUAUCAUUAAUGAUCUGUCAGUUAGACAGCAGCUGUCUCUCUCACCUGUCUCUCUCUCUCACCUGUCUCUCUCACCUGUCACUCUCUCACCUGUCUCUCUCUCACCUGUCUCUCUCACCUGUCACUCUCUCACCUGUCACUCUCUCACCUGUCUCACUCUCUCACCUGUCUCUCUCUCACCUGUCUCUCUUUCACCUGUCUCACUCUCUCACCUGUCUCUCUCUCACCUGUCUCUCUCUCACCUGUCUCACUCUCUCACCUGUCUCUCUCUCACCUGUCUCUCUCUCACCUGUCUCUCUCUCUCACCUGUCUCUCUCUCACCUGUCUCUCUCUCUCACCUGUCUCUCUCUCACCUGUCUCUCUCUCUCAGUAAUCACAGUUUACUUCAUGUUUAAAUACCUCCUUUCCUUCAGGACUUGAUUGAAAGCUGCUUUUCUCUUCAGUCUCGAUCACGCUGCCGGUUCAAAGUCUACGUUUUGUUAAAUGACUAUAAUUAAUCCUCCCGAGCGUCGGUUUGAGUCCCAGCGGUCCCGGCCCGCCGCCUGAUUGACAGCUAUAUUUUUAGGUCUUCCUGUCGACAACAGGAAGCGGAGCAGGAAGGAAAUGGGACGUGACGGCUGCUGAUGUGAUGACGGACAGUUUGUCUUCCUGAGACAGGAACCAAGCACCAGGUAGACUGCAGGUUCAGACCAGACCCGGGUCCCUGUCAGACCAGGUCCAGGACUGGGGUCCUGUUUCAUGGCUGUUUCAUGGGGAUGGGGCCGGGGAUAGGGAGGGAGAUGGGGGGGGUCAUUGGGAAGGUUCAGGGGGGUAGUCCAGUCCAAUGUCACUCAGUCUGUUACAAUAAUGUUAAUAACAAAGUUAUUGAAUCAAUAAUAAAAUUGUAAUGAACUAACUGCUUAUGUUUCCUGUCUAAUGUUCAACAAUCAUAUUGAAGGAUUAUUUUAUUAUUUCACAUAAAGAAAGUAAUAAAAGUAACAAUAAAUGUAAUACUACAUGUAAAAGUAAAACAUGUAAUAAUGAAUUUAAUAAUAAAUGUAAUAAUAAAGUGAAUCUGCUG